UCUUACAAAAAUACAUCGUUUUGCGUGUCUUUUGAGCUAUUUAUUUAUUAAGUUAAGUUAAAAAGUGUUUGAGUAAUCAUUUUUAUCAAAUCAAUUCGCGGCGGAUAAUUGUGCGCAUGGACAAUUCAAAGUUUCCUCUCAAUGAAAAGUAUACUAUUUGCGAAGAAUUCGGAAGAUAUAGAACUCUGUUCAGUUGAUAAACUAAAAGUAACAUGAUAUUAAUAUUGUGUGAUUUUGUAUUCCACAAUAUACAUAUAACAACACAUGGUGCUACAUAACAGCCCAAGGAACACACUAAGGCGUUCCACUUAACACUCGCACGUUCGCGAGUAUCGUUUGUUCUUGUUUAACAUUUGAUUAACGACAAAGAUGAAAUGAUUCCAUGAGCGUUGUGAACGUUAAAUGGAAUGCAGCCUAAGUCGAGAGAAAAUCAAAAUGGACGUAUUUCAAAUUUCAACGUCAAAAUGAUUUUUGGUUUGUGUCGACUGGGUAGUUUCAAUGCUGCCUGUGUUCCAAACGAGUACAUGAACAAUGCAGGAGCUGAUUACUCUGAGGGUUGUUCGCGUCGCACACUCCAACAUGCCCACCCCGCUCGCAAUACGUUCGCGUCACCAGGACUAAUAUGGCGACUAGAUGUUCGCGUCGCGUUAGAGCAUAUGGAUCAAUUAAGAGUAUGCUCCAUUUGCUUCACCUCAGAAGAUAGUACGAUUGGAGCAUGUUAUGCACGCAUACGUAAUAGUUGAAAACGUACUGUAUCGAAAAAAAUAUUUCAGAUUCAUUUUGUAUAAAAACGCAUUUAAUAAAU